CCUCACUUUUUCUCCCCCUUGUUAACUCUUUGUUUUCCAGCCUAAAGAGUUGCCUUCAGCAUCAUCCAAAUGAAGCGUAACCAAGUGAAGAUUGUGAUGAAGUUUCACAUGACAUCAUCCAGGAUGCAGUGACACAAGGAAGGAGAGACUCUGCUGAGGGUGACAGAGACUUCUCCUCUUCUUCCUCCUCCUCUUCCUCAAUCUUGGGUGGUUCAUGUAAGCAACCUCCACUCUGCUCUCCAAACAUCCAUCCUUAUGAAGCGCUGCGGUGUGAGGUGUGAGCUCUGCAGACCAGUCUAAAGGAGGAUCAAGGAGAGGCUAAAAACUUCUAAAGAAGACAAAAGUUUGCAUCUUGAAAACAGUAGAUUUCUCUCUUCAGACAUGGAGUCAAAAACCAGCGAAGAACUGGCUGCCAUUGAGGAUGAAGAGGUUCUCAACAAGAUGCUGGAUAAUGCAACAGAUUUUGAAGAGAGACGGAUGUUACGUGCUGCGCUGAGGGACCUGCUCAAGAAAAAGAGAGAUAAACGGGAGAAGGAUCGAGGGUCGAGGCAGCAGGACCUGAGACAGCAGGGCCUGAGCAAAGGAGGGACGACAGGCGGGGGGGCUGUUAGCGUAGGCAGAGCAUCCAUGAACCAGCAGCCACCGACAAACAAGAUGCCAGGCCAGCCCUCUCCAUCAGCAGGCAGCAAGGCCAGUCCCGCCGCAGCCUCAGCCCAGAACUGUCCUCCUGCUGCAGCACCCAACGUUAAAAAUGUCAAACAGAUGCUUCUGGACUGGUGCAGGGCCAAAACCGAGCCAUAUGAGGGGGUGACGAUCAAUAACUUCUCCUCAAGUUGGAAAGACGGCAUAGCCUUCUGCGCCUUGGUGCACCGCUUCUUCCCCGACGCGUUCGAGUACUCCAUCCUCAACCCCAACGAGCACAGGGAGAACUUCCAGCUGGCUUUCGACACCGCAGAGAGGCUGGCCGGCUGCCCCCCUCUGCUGGACGCUGACGACUUAGUCCGGAUGAAAGAGCCCGACUGGAAGUGUGUGUACACGUACAUCCAGGAGUUCUACCGCUGCCUGGUGGAGAAAGGCCUGGUCAAAACCAAAAAGCGACCAUAGAGUCUGACAGGUCUCAUGAUUGGCUAUGAUUUCAUUUUUUUUUUACAAUUAAUGCACACAUAAGAUUCAAAAAGAUAAUAUCAUGCACCUUUUUCAAUUGAAUGUUUACAUGCCUAAUGUGUGGUGUUUGUAUUGGUUUGUGCAUUAGCAGGGACUACUGGGUGUCUGUGCUCUCAGUGGACAGCUGUGCGCUUAGGAUCAGUACAUUCCACUGAGAUUACACAUCUGUAUUAAUCCCAGUCAGAGCCAUAGAGAAUCUGGGAACAAAUUGUGUGCUGUUGAGGGCCUGAGGGUGUGAGUACCACAGACACAUUUUAUAAAUAUCCAUUCCAUUAUUCAUGCUGUUGUUCUUUAACUAUAGCUGAUGGUUGAAUUAAAUGGUAAUGUCUUC